CAACACUACAUGCUUGAAGUGUAUGACACAUUUCUUGACAUUUCGGUUCUGAGUUGGCGGAACGAAUUCACGUAUAGCAGAAACUCUGUUAUCAAGUGCCAUAAAAAUUGUCAAUCAUGUCUUUUGCAGGACUUAAAAAGCAAUUCAAUAAAGCAAACCAGUAUAUGAGUGAGAAAUUAGGUAGUGGCAAAGGAUCACAAUUAGAAGAAGAUUUUAUUGAAUUAGAAAGGAAAACAGAUGUAUACAAUCACUUUGUUGAUCAGCUACAACAUAAAACCAAGGAAUUUUUACAACCAAAUCCAGCUGCAAGAACAAAACUAAAUUUCCAGACUGCAGUACUUAAGGCUCGGGGACAAGCAAGAGGAGAGAAUGUAAAAUAUACCCAACCUGAAAACAUUUUAUCUGAUGUGUUAACAAAAGCAGGGACUGACAUUGGAGAAGACUCACCUUUUGCUACCGCUGCAUUAAGAAUGGGUGAGGCUUUCUCAAACAUGGCUGAAAUAAAAGAUUCUUUGGAAAUGAAUGUGAAACAGAACUUUCUGGAUCCUUUAGAACAACUGCAGAACAAAGAUCUUAAAGAAAUCAUGCAUCACAGGAAGAAACUCUCUGGUCGACGACUUGACUAUGAUUACAAGAAAAAGAAAGGAGACAAGGUAACAAAAGAAGAACUGAGAAUAGCAGAAGAGAAAUUCGAAGAAUCAAAAGAAUUGUGUUACAGUAGCAUGAUGAAUCUUAUGGACAGUGACGUAGAACACAUUGGGGAAGUACAUGCCUUCGCGGAUGCAAUGAGGGAUUACUACAAGCAAUGCUUUGAAGUCUGUGACGACCUGGUUUCGCAGCUCAGUGACCAAAUGACCAUCGCCGCCAGUCGGCCUAAGGCUGAGCGCAAAACCUUCAGCAAAUCAAGCUACGAUGACGGUAGCAGCGAUUCAAGCAGUGAUCAAGUCAAUUUCAGCACGCCGAUUAGCAUUUCGCCGCCAGUGUCAAGACCGCCGGCGAACCCGCCUUCGCAGAAGCCCCAAGCAAGAGCUUUGUACGACUUCGACAAGGAAAACGAAGGAGAAUUAAGCUUCAGAGAGGGUGAUAUGAUCAUGCUAACUGGCCAAAUUGACGAGAACUGGUACGAAGGCACUGUGAAUGGAGAGAGCGGCUUUUUCCCUGUCAACUAUGUGGAUGUCGUGGUUCCUUUGAAAUAAUAAUGAUUAAACACAAUCUCAGCAUACAAAUAUGUAGAAAUGCGCUCGAAGAAGUUUGUUUCUCGCUAGUGUUAAUUGAUAAUAAAUAUUUUUGAUUUAGUAGCUUAUAUAACCAACCUAAUGAACAAGCAAGUUAAUCGGCUUAGUUAAUUUAGCAUCAAUUAAAAAAAUUAGUCAUAUCGCGAAAGCCCGUCACAUUGUAUUCGAUAAUGCAAGUUUGUAGAUAAUAUUACGUUCCAGUUUUUUAUAAAUACCAGCAAGAUAAUUCAACAGGCCCUCCAGUAUUCGAAUUUUAAGAGAAAUUGAAGUACUACUUUAAUUAUAUUGUAAGCUGAUAGAAGAAUUCAACGGUAAAGUUGUAAUCGACUUUGAAACGACAACAAUAUCAAUGUAAACAGAAGAUGUUAAAGGCACUUCGCAUCGAAUGAAAGCUUAAGACUUCAAUUUCUGUCAAUGGUUAUGACUGAUUGUUUAAUGAAAGAAAAUUCUUAGGAAACUCUACUUAGAGAAGUUAAAGUAAAUGUGUUUUAUUUUUGGUUGAAUAAAGAAGUUUUAACUGUGCAUGAAACAAUGUGCAAGUUGUAAAAUCUUUGACGAACGUAGUUCGAAUUCUGGAGAGUCUAGAACUUCUAAUCUUCUAGAAUUCUAUGUUAUUGUGCAUACCUGAAGAUAAUGCCUAUUUCCCAGGAUAAUUCUGCUAGAAUUUUAUUUUGUUUCCAUAUUCCCUUUGGAUUUCUAGAAUCAGCUUUUAAUUGCAAAUUUUCUCCCGUGUGAAUUCAAAUUACACUGUAAUCUUAUUCUGUGUAGUUUGUUUUCUAAAUAAGCAUUUAUAAGAAAUCGUCAAUGAAGAAUUUUAAAACUUCUAAAAGAGGACAAGCCUUGACAAGCUGCAAUCAUUUCAGAAUUUAGGGGCAAAAUUAAUAUGGUGUUGGUAUAUUAUUUUCUAUUCUGUUUAACAUUACUGUUAAGGUUUCUACCCGCCGGCUUAGUAUUUUCUGUUUAAAUACACUUAACAAACAAACAGCUUUUAUUCUAGUUGCUUGACCGUCCAGUUUGUGAUCACAUAUUAAACGUAUUUUGUAUUUUGUCAUCGUAAACAUUAUAUUUUAAAGUAAGUUAAUUUGCAGAUGAUUAUCAGGCAAUUGCCGGA